CCCUGGCGGGCGCGGGCGCGAGACGCUGCGCGGCGGCGGUGGCGGGCGCGAGCGGCAGCUGUCAGGCCACUGAGGUCCGAGCUGCUCUUGCUGCCCCACCGAGGACGAGGAGGCAGCAGGAGCGGUGACCGUGUCACUGAGGAGCCGGACUGCCGGCACGCAGAGCUGACCUGCCUGGCACCCGCGGCCCCCCCGCCACCAUCUCUCUCCCAUUGUAUUGGAACCCUAAAAAGAAAGAAUAAAACAACAAGGAAAAGAAAAGACUAAAAUUGUGGCAAAGACCCAACUGCGUUCUCUUGGUUAUAAACUCCUCCCCAACUGGUGCUGCAACAAUGAGUGGGAAAUCCUUGCUCUUAAAGGUUAUUCUCUUGGGUGAUGGUGGAGUUGGGAAAAGCUCGCUUAUGAACCGUUAUGUAACCAAUAAGUUUGACUCCCAGGCUUUUCACACCAUAGGGGUAGAGUUCUUAAAUCGAGAUCUGGAGGUAGAUGGACGUUUUGUAACUCUCCAGAUCUGGGACACUGCAGGGCAGGAGCGUUUCAAGAGCCUUAGGACACCCUUCUACAGGGGAGCAGACUGCUGCCUCUUGACCUUCAGCGUGGAUGACCGGCAGAGCUUUGAGAACCUUGGUAACUGGCAGAAAGAAUUCAUCUACUAUGCAGAUGUGAAAGACCCUGAGCACUUCCCCUUUGUAGUUCUGGGUAACAAGGUAGACAAAGAGGAUAGGCAAGUGACUACUGAGGAGGCACAAGCCUGGUGCAUGGAGAAUGGGGAUUACCCUUAUCUAGAAACAAGUGCCAAAGAUGAUACUAACGUGACAGUGGCCUUUGAAGAAGCUGUCAGGCAGGUGUUGGCUGUAGAGGAACAGCUGGAGCAUUGCAUGUUAGGUCACACUAUUGACUUGAACAGUGGCUCCAAAGCAGGAUCCUCAUGCUGUUAAAAGCAGGAAGCCUUAUAAAAGUGUGCCCCAAAUUGUUCAGUCAAUAGUGUCAGAAUAACUGUGCCCCUCUAAGGGGGCACACACACAAAAGGGUAAGAGAGAAGGUUGUGAUUGUGUAUCAGAGCCUUUCAAAUUGAGGUUGUAGAGCGAUUAAAAAAAAAAAAGCUUUAUCAAGCCAAGUGUAUUUUGCGUGAUUUCUGCUCUUUCCUUCUUGUGUGUAUCAGGACUUUUCAGAAAGCUUCAGUCCUGAGAGAUUUAAAUAUUUUCAAAUCACAGUUUAAACUUAGAACCCAGCAGCAUGAAGGAGUUAAAGAGCUACAGCUAUCCCUAAAAUUGUUCCAUUAGUCAACUAACAAAUGUCAACGUGGACUCUUGGCAAUCAGUUUCUGACAUUUCUGCCAAAGGAAGAAAAAAUAAGACUCUGAGCUGUAUUACAAUAAAAAAAUAAUAAUGCAAACAAGGAUGUCCUAAGCUUCAAUUAUAAAGAGGUUGUGAUAAUUAGGUAUAUAACAGUACAGUGAUGUACGCUGCCUUGUUUGAAUCCUCAUAUAAAGGUUUGCUCCCAUUUGAGCUUUUCAAAAAAUAUCUCAAUAAGAGAUACACUGAUGACACUGGAAAUUGAUUAUACUCUUCGUGUUUGAAGUAACAGGGUACUAGUGAAUGGAUUAUGCUUAAAUAACCAACCAUCCUUGCAAAUAAAUGGUUGGUCUGCUUUUACUUCGUAAGUCUACUUUUGCUGCAUAGGGAUGUUGCUUCUCUGACAACCUCUUAUCAAUUUAGCAAUGCUGCUUAGUAUAUGGCUUUGGAUGCAGUGCUCUCUGCUCAUAAUUUUGAGGGUCCUUUGGUCCACUGUGCUCUGCUCUCAGAGAACCCUUCAGAAAAGAUUGGGGGAUAACAGGCUUUUCUCACAAGGUUCCUUAACUCAAAUAUUUAUUAUAGAAGGAACUAAUAUCUUGUAUGUUGCACUGUAUGUUCAGCUGGCCAAACUAGGACACUGAAAGUAACAAGAGAGCAGACUUUAACCCAGUGGUAGACUGAAUUUCUCAUAGAGUUGUCCAACAGUGGAAUGGACUGCCUUAAUAAUGAACUCCCUUCCAGUGAAAAUAUUCAAGAAGAUACUAGAUGACCAUCUGUUAAAAUACCAUAAAAAAGAAUUUCUGUCCUAGCUAGAUAUUUGGUUUCAGGUCCCUUCCAGCUCUAAGUUCUAUGAAUCUGCAAGGUACAAACUGUGUUUCAGUGCCAUGUUAUCAUUAGAUGUUUCUUAAGACAACAGCUAAGAGGGACUUUGGAGUCUCUUUGGAGAGGGACUUUUAAAAUUCUCAAACUAUUCUGGGAUCAGCAUUUAAUGGCAACUACACAGCUCGCUCUUUGGCACCACAGCAGGAGAAAUUCUUGAGUUCUGAGUAGUCAUUAUGUGCCCUGAUAUAAAUAUCCUAAAAAUACCAUAUUAAAAUACAAGAACGGUUUGUCAGAUUUUGAUUACCAUGACUGCUAGCUAUAUACUGUAUUACAAAUAUGCAGUCUAGUUCUUGUUGGUUGAUCUAUUUGUCCUGCAAAUCUUUUAAUCUGUACUUUUAAAACAUCUAUGUUAAAAAAAAUAGUGACCCAAGGUAGGGGGACAGUUAGAAGUGACCCCCCAAAAGAGAUGGAGGCCGGGAAGGAAGCAGGAGCUUAUAGCCUAGGGAAUAUAGCCUAGAACUCUCCAUUGUAGCCACAUAUGGAAUCAGCCUUACAUGUGGGACCUUAUGUGCUUUAAGAGCUCUGGGACUUUUUGGCUACAUAGACAAGUGGAAGACGGUAUCUCAACCCAGUCAUACUCAGUAUUUCCCAUUUAAAUAGAGUCCUGACCCCAUUGUCAAAGUAAUUUUGAUGCCAGAAGUUGAAGCCAGAACUGGGACCCCACAGCUCUUAAGUAUUGGUCCCUAUCCUGCCUAUGCCUAUAGCCAGCCACACUGGCUUCCAAGUUCUACGAUUGUUUUGCUACAAUCAUGUUAGGGUGAAAAUCUGUACAUCAGAACUGUUAAAUGCUAAUUGUUUUUAAGUGCAUGAGACCUGGGGCCUUCUCUUUCUACUUGCACUCUGCUUAUAAUAGUUUCUAUUUGUAGAUCUCAGGCUUACAUAAAGACCUCCAUCCACUCACAAAAGUACUUGUCACUAUUAGAAUGGCAUGUGGUCAUUUAAGUAAAAACAUGAUGUGGGUAUCCUAUUCAUAGACCUCCUGUCUAACCGAGGCAAGUGUUAAUUUUAUUGACAGGUCAUCUGAAGCCCCUUUCCUCUUAGCCAUACCAAUUUUCUCCUGCCAAAUCACUACACAAUAUCCUAAUAAAAGCAGUUAACAUUAAAUGACAAAAACAGUGGCAUUUUGGUGAGUAACACUCACUGGGGUGCUGACACAAGUUUGGGUAAGAUUAUAAAACACCAAAGGCUGAAAUCUGUGGGUACCAGGAACUGUGCAUAUAGGUUUAGAAAUUGUAUACACUAGGAUGUGCAGUGCAAUAUUUUCAGAAAGUUUUUUUUAACGAACACUGGAUUUUUUUGAAUAAGAUAUUUCUAAUUAGAGCUAUACUGUUUUUCAAUAGUCCAUUAAAACAUCAUAAAGAAUAUUAGUUUAUUGUCAUUUAUUGGGCUAAAUUCAAGGGGCCUCAGAUUCCAUAUGUCUUCAGUGGAUUGAUGAAUUUCAGGUUAAUUUGUGCCUGCCUCAGCCAUCUCUACUUUACCUUGAGGUAUUCCACGAUCCUCUCGUUGCAGGUGCUGCUAAAAACUCAAAAUUGUGUAUAUUUUGUUUCAACUGUAAAAAAAAAAUCCUCUGUGUUAAAGUGAAUAAAAAGUGCAUUUUGAAUAACCAG